AUGAUCCCGUUAUCUAAAGAACUAGAGAGCACGGGUAUAGGAUAUAAUAUAACAGGACAAAAUAAACGGAUCCAUCAUCUUUUAUAUAUGGAUGACCUCAAACUUUUUGCUAAGGAUGAUAAAGGUCUAGAUAGGUUGCUCCAAAUAACAAAAUCAUUUAGCAGUGAUAUAUGCAUGGAAUUUGGGUUAAAUAAAUGCGCAAAAGUAAGAUUCCAUCGUGGAAAAUUAGCCACUUCAGAAAAUAUGAACAGCGAGACAUUUCAACGCGUUAAAUCUUUAGACGCGUCAGAAACAUACAAAUAUCUAGGUUUUGAGGAAUGCCUUGGUACAAACAACAGAACCGUAAAAGAACGACUUGAAAAAGUAUAUAUUAAGCGCUUAAGAUCGGCCCUAGACAACGAGUUAUGUGCAAAAUUUAAAAUCGAGACUAUCAACACAAUUGCAGUCCCAGUUCUAAGAUAUAGUUUUGGAAUAGUAAACUGGAGCAAGUAUGAAAUGCAGGCACUUGAUCGGAAAACAAGAAAACUGCUAAGAAAGUUUAACCUACAUCAUCCUGCAGCUGAUAUCGAUAGGCUAUACGUAUCAAGGUUAGAAGGAGGGAGAGGACUAAUUCAACUAGAAUCACUACUAAAGAGCAGCGUAAUUGCGACAGCAAAUUAUUUAAAAUCAGAUUCUGGAGACCCGCUAAAACAGAUGCUAGCUGAUUGGGAUAGAAAUCAAGCGCCGAGUUUGUCUUUGCAGCGGAAAGCUGAGCAAUUCCAACAGGAAUUAUACAGAAUAUCAGAAGAUGUAGAAAACACAACAGUCGGAAGAUCCGACAUAAGAGAAAUUUUAAAAAAACCUAAGGUAAAUCCUGGGAAAAGAAACCUUUGCAUGGCCAACACAAGAGAGAAAUAA